AUGGCUUCAAUGGACGUAGAGGAUGACUUAUUGAGCUAUGUCGGGGAGAUGUUGGUGGUGGGGUUCAGCGGCACUACCGUAACGCCGGAGAUCACCGAGCUGAUCGAGCAGUACCAUGUCGGAAGUGUCCUCCUCUCGAAAAAGAACAUCAUAGAUGCGCAACAAGCCGCGACAUUGAUCCGUGAUCUCCAAUGUAUCGCUCGAGAUUCGGGACAUGAGCACCCAUUGAUGAUUGCCGUCGACCACGAAGGCGGCUUCUUAAACUUCACGGAGACGCAAUACCCAGGCGCCAUGUCCCUCGCUGCAACAUCCUCCCCACAGGUCGCCCGAGACGCCUCCAGCGGCGCCGCGAUGGAACUUCGCGCACUCGGCGUCAAUUGGAUUCUAGGCCCCGUCCUCGACGUUAACUCAGAUCAGCGGAAUGGAGGCUCCGGAGGUGGCAUCAUCGGAUCAAGAUCAUUCGGGGAUUCGGCCGAGAUCGUGGGUGAGUUCGGAGCGGCGUGUAUACAGGGCUACCACAACUCCGAAAUGGCGACCUGCGUAAAACAUUUCCCCGGAUACGGCUCCGUCGACGGCGCAGCAGGUGGUGACCACCGAACACUCUGCACCUCCUCCGACCUCCGACCUCCAUCCAUCGAUCCAUAUCGUCAAGCUAUCCUGGCGGGUGUGGACUCGGUCAUGGUAGCAGGCGGCACCUAUCCUGCCGUAACAGGCAACGACCUACCAGCCUUCACCUCCCCCCGACUCAUCCGCAACCUCCUCCGCGAGGACCUAGGCUUCACCGGCCUCAUCCUCUGCGAAUGCAUCGAACAAGGUCCGAUAGCCUUCACCGGUCUCGGGAAUAUCGCGAUCCGAGCGAUUAGUGCAGGAUGUGAUGCGCUAAUAGUAUGCUGCAAUUUCGAGAAACAGAAGGAGGGGAUUGAGGCGAUUGUUGAGGCGGUUGCGGAAGGGGUGUUGAGGGUUGAGAGGGUGAGGGAGAGUGUGAGGAGGAUGAGGGGGAUAAAGGAGCGGUUUACGAUUUGGGAAGAUGCGGUGCGGGAGGUUGAUAUUGGGAGGAUGGGACUGCGAGGGGGGUAUGGGGUACUUGCAAGGAGGGCUUAUGAGGGGUCUGUUACAGUUGUGAGGGAUCAGGGCGGGGCACUCCAACGGCUAAAACAGCUUGUGUCGGGGGUGCCAAUCGUGCCGAUUACGAUCGUAUCGCCGAUAGUCAUUCCCCUGUCAUCACCGCGGUCUUAUUCGGAGGAUUUUCGGACAUUUGGAAAAGCCGUGUCGAGGUAUUACUCAAAAGUCCGGCAUAUCCCAUACAACGCUCACGGUCUGGGGCAAGCACACGAAACACUCAUCCAGGGUUCUGCAGCGACGAUCGUCCUUGUCUCCAACAUCGAGCGAAAUCCUUGUCAAUCCAUGAUUACAAAGUACAUUCGACUCCUGGCUGGCGAUAAGCCGGUCGUUGUCGUGUCAGUUGCCACGCCAUACGAUUUUGCGUUCGAUACGUCAAUAUGUACCCUCGUCUGUAUCUAUGAUUAUUCGCAUAUGGCACAGGAGGUAUUGGCUGAUGCGCUGUUUGGGAAGGUAGUGCCGAAGGGUGUGAUCCCUAUCACUGCUCUCCGGAAUAAUCAUGGAGGACAAGUCACUUCUCCUCGCUCGCAAUCCUCGCCAGUGGAAGAUUGGAGUAAGAACGAUGAUACAGUCACGCUGGUCGAGCUGUGGAAAGAGUGCUUCCGUUCACCAGGGAUGCAGAUGGAUGCACCCACAUUGCUGUCAAUACUUGAUCGUCCCGCUCCGCUCGCACGUCAUUUUGUCGUCAGGAACUCGGCAACGAGGACGAUGACUGGGUUCAUCGCGACAUUUCUCACAAACGUGCGACAGGCGGAUGGUGCAUCGUGUUUGAUGGGUUCAAUCGGUGUCAUCCUCGUACACCCCGAGCAUCGCAAUAGUGGAAUUGGGAGUGCACUGUUGCAACACGCAGUCAUUCACCUGAGAGCGAACGCGGACAAGCGAUUCGGAUUGCAGUUUGGCAGCACGUUUCCUCGGCUUCUGCCAGGCAUUCCAUGUGACCUCGAUAUACGGGAUCAAGACUGGGUGCGGAGACGAGGGUGGAAUAUCGAGGAGGACGAGAUCCACGAUAUGCACAUGUCUCUCGACACUUGUUCUCCUUCAACGGAUUACAUCAAACAAGCAGGUGACGCGGGGGUAAUCUAUCAGACGUGCCGGGCGAAGCAAUACGCGCAACUCACAGAGUUCGUGCGAAGGGAGUUCUCGCACUUGCCAGGGUGGGUCCAUGCGUAUGAAACCUUGGCUCUGACGGAUGAUAUCACAGAUGCCGUCAUCGGAGUCGACUUGAAUGGGGAUAUCGUCUGUUCUGUUAUCGUCUACUCGAUGCUCGGAAGUAACCUACUCGUCUCAGACUUGCGUUGGCCAAUGUCUAUGAAUGAAAGAGUGGGUGGUAUGACGUGUUUGGGGACGACUAAAGAACAUCAGGCAUCUGCGGUGGGGUUAGGACUGGUUCAAGCUGCGGUUGGGGAGUUGAGAAAGAGGGAUCUGACGAAUUGCUAUGUUGAUUGGACGAGGUGUCCGAGGUGGUUUGGGAAGGUUGGGUUUACGAUUUGGCGGACGUAUCGGGAGGCAUGGACAAUCGUGGAAUAA